AUGUUAACAGAUGAUAUUAUGAAUGAGAAUCUUUCUCACAGUAUUCCUGAUGAAACUAUUGAUAAGGAAUUAUUCCAAUUAGUUAAAAAGAUUGAAUCCAAGCCGGGAUUCGAUUCCCAAAUUAAAUUUGAUGCUACCAAACAUCUUAAACCUUAUGAAAUCAAGAAGAAGUAUACUUUCAAAGAUUUCGGUAUCGAAAAGACUCACGUAGAGCCUGUCAGUGAAAUUGCUGCUACUGAUCCUUUUGAUUUUAUAACUGAAGAGGCUGUCGAUCUCAUGAAAUGGGAGAUCUUCCAUGAUAAGAAUAUUGUUAAAGAAUUCGGUAGAGCAACAAGAGGUAAAAGUAGAUUACAAUUCCAAAUGAGUGGAUUCUUCGACAAGUUGAGAUUCACUAAGGAAUUAUGGACUAGUAAAGAAGUUCAACAGAGAUUCAAUGACAUCAUGGGAAUUGAACUCGAAAUGCCACAUGUAUUCUGUAUGGGACAUGUCAAUGUUUCAUUGGCGGACUCAACCAAACCAGAGUUGGAUCCUUCAAUCGAUUAUGAAGAAUUGUUAGCUCAACAGGAUAAGAACGCUGAUCAAGUUUCUUCAGCUUUAGAUUGGCAUUAUGACUCUCCUCCUUUGGUCUGCGUGGUUAUGUUAAGCGCUCCACCAAACAUGAUAGGUGGGGAGACUGGAAUUAAGAAAGGUGAUGAAUCAAUUUUAAGAAUUCCAAAUUCAACACCUGGUACUGCAACCGUUUUACAAGGUAGAGUUAUCAAACAUAUUGCCACUAAACCCAUCAACAAUUUUGAUAGAAUUAGUUAUGUUGUUAGUUUUGUUCCAAAAGAUCCUUUGGCCAAAGAUAGCACUUGUGCUACCAGUGAAAGACCAGGAGCAACUGCAUCAUUUACAAAUGACAAAUUCUAUCCUAACUAUUUGAGUUAUAGAUUCGAAAGGGUCGAAAAAAGAUUGGAAAGUUUCAGGAAAGAAUUGAUGGACAACUACUCUAAAGGAGAAAAGUUUGACCAAAUGAAAUCAGUCAAUUUCAUUAAGGAUAUUGAAGAAUACUUAAAAGUUUGUUAUAGAGAUUUCGAAGCCAUUAGUGAUGAACCUUAUCCACCAACAUUAUUCUCAAUUCCUUACUCGGAAUUACCUGGGAAAUAA